AUGUUGGUAUUUUGUUUUUCAGGUAAACAGUCAGAGAAUCCUUUGUUGUUACUUGGGAAAUACAGCGAUGAUGAGUUGGAUGAGGAAUCAAGUAAAAGACUUGACCAUGUUACUGCAGAGAAGUCCACUGCUGAAGAUGAUGAUGAACAGGUAAAGGGAUCUGUAGGCACAGAAAAUGAAGAUAUGGAAAACAAUGCAAGCAUGGAGCUUGAUGCUGACAAGGAAAAACGACAUGACCUAGAAACAGGUUCUGUUUCACCAGAUCCUUUGCAGAACAGAGAGGACAAUGACGUUAGAGAAAUUGAUUCUGCUGUCACAGCUGAUUUGUGCAAAGUUGUUUCAACGGAAGAAGCAUCUAUUCCAGGAACUUCUGAUGUACACUUAACCGGUGAUGUGAUUUCAAGUUGGAAGGUUGUGUUGCAUGAAGAAAGCAAUCAAUAUUACUACUGGAAUACUGUGACAGGGGAAACUUCAUGGGUAGUUCCUGAUCUGUUGGCUCAGGGAACUGAAUUGACGGGUGAGCAGAAAACUGCUCCUGAUACUGAAGUAAGAAACGGUCCUCUUGGUGGGACACAUGAACCAAAUUCCACUUUAGACUUGGAAUUGGAUGAUUCUGUAACAGUGCAUCCUAAUAAUCACUGUAAAGCAGGCAAUGUAAUCCAUGAAACUCGAGAAAUUGAUGAGCCCGAGGCCCAGAUAGAGGAUCAGAAUGAUGGAUUUAAAGAUAAAGGUUUAGAAGAUAAAAGGCCAGGUUCUGAUGCUAACCAAACUGAGACGAAAAAUAGCUCCAAUGCAGCCCUUGCCCUGUAUCAUAAAAUUUCUUCACUUGGGGACAGUGUUUCUUCCCAGGACUUGGGUGAUACUCUCUUGUGCAAUGGGGAUGCCACAGAUGCUGAUCAAUCCAUGGUUCAUGAAGAAGAUGACACGGAGAAUGACCUUAGUUUUUUAGUUCUGAAGCAUAGUGAGCAUUUAUUGGAGAGAUUAAAAUCACUGAAAGGUUCCAAGAGCCACAUGCAAGGGCAUGAAUGGAUAUCAAAGUUUCUUUUGGAAGUUGAGAUUAGGCUUUCUGACAUCAAGUCACUUUUACCUUUUGGAUCAUCCUUGUUACCUUUCUGGGUGCACUGCGAGAGGCACCUUAAAGAGCUAGAAGGUGUCAUUGACAAUGAAGUUUCCCAACUUUUUAAAUCUGCUGAUUCUACCAAAAUACACGAUGCUGAAGCACCACAUAAUUCAUGGGAAAGUGAGGGGAAUGAGAUUGAUGCAGAUGGAAAUGAAAAGAAAGUAGUUUCUUCUUCUUUUGAUCUCCCCUCUGCGGAUGUUUAUGUAACAGAGUCGCAGAAAGAUUCAAAAAAUGAAGUUGCCAAUAAUGAUGUUCUCCAAGCUGAACAUGUUUCUGUAAUUGAUUAUCCCACAGCUCAUUCAGGCAGUGGUGUUGCAGGGAGCAGUGGAGUUCAUGGAGUUGCACAACCAACUGAAUUAACUUCCAAUGUUGUACUCCAUAGUGGGGAAUGUUAGUAUAUAUUAGUAUAU